AUGGAGUGUCAAAAGCAAGACGAUGACUACAUUUUUCGCAGUCUAUAUCCAUCUGUUCCCAUUCCCGACAAACUUACACUGCCUGAGUUUGUGCUCCAAGGAGUUGAAGAAUUCACAGAGAAAGUGGCAUUCGUAGAAGCUGUGACGGGUAAAGCCGUGACGUACGGUGAUGUAGUGAGGGACACGAAGAGGCUAGCCAAAGCGUUGACCUCACUUGGGCUUAGGAAAGGUCAAGUAAUGGUUGUGGUUCUACCAAACGUCGCCGAGUAUGGGAUUAUUGCCCUUGGCAUUAUGUCCGCCGGUGGAGUUUUCUCCGGCGCUAAUCCGACGGCUCUUGUCUCGGAGAUCAAGAAGCAAGUUGAAGCUUCCGGUGCUAGAGGAAUCAUCACUGAUUCUACUAACUAUGAAAAGGUGAAGACAUUGGGUUUACCAGUAAUAGUGUUAGGUGAAGAGAAGAUCGAAGGAGCAGUGAACUGGAAAGAUCUUCUAGAAGCAGGAGACAAAUCCGGAGACAACAACAAAGAAGAGAUUCUUCAGACAGAUCUCUGUGCACUUCCGUUCUCUUCAGGUACAACAGGAUUACAAAAAGGAGUAAUGCUCACGCAUCGCAACCUCAUAGCCAAUCUUUGCUCUUCUCUCUUCAGCGUCCGGUCUGAAAUGAUCGGUCAGAUCGUGACUCUUGGUUUGAUUCCAUUCUUUCAUAUUUACGGCAUCGUUGGAAUCUGUUGUGCAACUAUGAAGAACAAAGGCAAAGUUGUUGCUAUGAGUCGCUACGAUCUAAGGCUUUUCUUGAAUGCUUUGAUUGCUCACGAGGUUUCGUUUGCUCCUAUUGUUCCGCCGAUUAUAUUGAAUCUUGUCAAGAAUCCGAUUGUCGAUGAGUUUGAUCUUUCGAAGCUUAAACUCCGUUCUGUUAUGACUGCUGCUGCUCCGUUAGCUCCUGAGCUUCUCACUGCCUUCGAAGCCAAGUUUCCUAAUGUCCAAGUCCAAGAGGCUUAUGGAUUAACGGAGCAUAGUUGCAUUACGUUAACUCAUGGAGAUCCUGAUAAAGGACAAGUAAUCGCGAAACGAAACUCUGUCGGUUUUAUACUUCCGAAUCUUGAAGUAAAGUUCAUAGAUCCCGACACCGGCCGGUCUCUGCCGAAGAACACUCCCGGUGAGCUUUGUGUGAGGAGCCAAUGUGUGAUGCAAGGUUACUUCAAGAACAAGGAAGAGACGGACAAGACGAUCGAUGAAGAAGGUUGGCUUCACACAGGAGAUAUAGGUUACAUUGAUGAUGAUGGUGACAUCUUCAUCGUUGAUCGCAUCAAAGAACUCAUCAAAUACAAAGGUUUUCAGGUGGCUCCGGCGGAGCUUGAAGCUAUUCUCCUCACUCAUCCAUCUGUUGAAGAUGUUGCCGUCGUACCGUUACCGGACGAGGAAGCCGGAGAGAUUCCGGUGGCUUGUGUUGUGAUGAAUCCAAAAGCGAAAGAGAAAGAAGAAGACAUUCUUAGCUUUGUUGCAGCGAACGUGGCUCACUACAAGAAGAUCAGAGCCGUCCAUUUCGUGGAUUCAAUCCCCAAAUCUCUCUCUGGUAAGAUCAUGAGGAGGCUUCUCAGAGACAAAAUCCUCAGCAUGAAGUAG